UCAAUAUUAAAACGCAACAAAUCACUAAAUUACCUGAGAGUCAACCUACCGCUUACUAUUCCCACCGAAAUGCGCUGCCCUUACUGCUCCUCCGCGCAGGGCCGCUGCGCCACCACCACCGCCGGCCGGAGCAUAACGGAGUGCGCCUCCUGCGGCCGUGUGGUGGAGGAGCGCCAGACGCAGCCACACCACCUCUUCCACCUCCGCGCGCAGGAUAACCCCCUCUGCCUCGUCACCUCCGACCUCCCCACCGCCCCCCCACCCCCCCAAACCGACGAAGAGGACCCCUUCGAGCCGACCGGUUUCAUCACCGCCUUCUCCACGUGGUCGCUCGAGCCGUACCCGGUUUUCGCCCACUCAUCGCUCUCGUUCGCGGGCCACUUGGCGGAGCUGGAGCGCGUGCUCGAAACGACGUCGCCGGGGAGUAAUUCGAGCGCCUCCGGGCACUCGGUGGUGGUCGAUAACCUUAGGGCUUACUUGCAGAUAAUCGACGUGGCUUCGAUUCUGGGGCUGGAUUGCGAUAUCUCGGACCACGCGUUUCAGCUCUUCAGGGAUUGCUCCUCCGCCACGUGUUUGAGGAAUCGGAGCGUCGAGGCGUUAGCUACCGCCGCCUUAGUGCAAGCCAUUCGAGAAGCUCAAGAGCCCAGAACCCUUCAGGAAAUAUCAAUUGCCGCCAAUUUACCACAAAAGGAGAUAGGAAAGUACAUCAAGAUACUCGGAGAAGCCCUCCAACUAAGUCAACCAAUCAACAGCAAUUCAAUCUCAGUCCACAUGCCCCGAUUUUGUACGCUUCUCCAACUCAACAAAUCCGCUCAGGAGCUGGCAACACACAUAGGCGAGGUCGUAAUAAACAAGUGCUUCUGCACGCGGCGGAACCCUAUAAGCAUCUCCGCCGCCGCCAUUUACUUAGCCUGCCAGCUGGAAGACAAACGCAAGACACAAGCCGAAAUCUGCAAAGUGACGGGCCUAACAGAAGUCACUCUCCGAAAAGUCUACAAAGAGCUAUUGGAAAACUGGGACGAUCUUCUUCCGUCGAAUUACAACCCCGUUGUACCUCCGGAGAAGGCAUUUCCAACGGCCACGAUUUCUUCUGGAAGGUCCAUGCCAUCCAAUCUGGUUGAAGGCGAAUCUAUCAAGUAUGGUAAACCGAUUGAAAUCUUGCUCGGUUUGUCUAAUCAGACCAAAGGAACACCGUGUUGGAAGGCGCAAAAUAUGGAAGUUGAUUUACAGGGGAAAGGUAGUGUGGAUGUAGAUGGUUCUUCAAGCUCUUUUAGUAGGCCCGUUCAGUUUACUUCGCCCCCUGCUUUGGCUGCAGGGGUGGUGCCGUGGCCAUUUCGGCCCCCGAUGCUUCAAUUUCCGCAACCACCGAAGGGGGUAUCUAAUGUUGCGGAAAAAGGGCACGUGCAACAUGAUCUCAAUGAGAAGUUUGGUUAGUGUACAUGUAUGUAGGGUUUUUUUUUUUUUUUUUUUUUUUUUUUUUUUGAAAAUGGGGAUUAUUGUUACAUGGGAAUUGGGAGUAAUUUGUAUUGUAAAUCUUCGGAAUCAAGCAUUUGCAUUUGUGUGGUAUGAAUUAUAUCCAUUUUAAGUAGCAAAGAUGCAAAUCUUAAUGUAUUGUUAUCAAA